GAUAAAAUGACUAAUGAUUCUAUACCAUUUGCUAGAAUAAACAUUCUAUUUGCCAGAGAUUUUAUGCAGUUACUGCCUGUAUUAGAUGUAACAUUGUAUAUGCCGAAUAAGAUUAAUCACUUUUUUUCUUUGCCUAAUUUACAAAUGAUCAAAGGUAUAAAACAAAAGCAUGAUAUUGACCCUUUAUUGUUCAGUCCCUGGACUGUCGUUAAUACAACAGAUGACCCUUUUUAUACCAGUAUUCUUGAAAAUAUGCAUUGUGAAAAUCUUAUGAAAACUCAAAUAUUAGCUUUACGAUCAAAGGUCCUUGGAAAUAAUAAAAUCAAUUCUCCAGAAUGA